AUGGAUGAGAAAGCAGCGUCAAUGAAGAGGAAGAUUUCUGAGCUGGAGUUGCAGAUUUCGACAUUGAAAAAAGAAGCAGAGCAACUCAAGUGCGAACUGGAUGAGUGUCGCGUUUAUCAAAACGAAAUGGAGUUGCAGACCUCGACAUUGAAAAAAGAAGCAGGUCAACUAAAGUCUGCACUGGAUGAGUGUCACGCUCACCAAAAAGAGAUGGAGCUGGUGAAUAAAAGGUUGUUACACCAUGAGAACACUCUCAUACAAAUGCGCAGUCUUGCCAAAAGACUACGCAAUGAGAAGAAUGAGUUGCUUGAAAAGGUUGAACUGCUGAAAUCAGCCAACGAAGAGCAAGAAGACUCUAACAGUUCACAAGUACAGGCACUUGCUCAGAAGCUGAGAAUGGCAAAGAGUGAGCUGGCAGUCUGGAAGGAGCGGUGCUUGAAUCACAGUCUGAAAUACACAUCCACUGAAGACAUAGAAUGUUCUGCCUCAGCUGUAACUGGACGGCUCAAGAAGCACCGGUCCUUUUCAAAGCCUGCCAGCCCUUCAUUGUCAUACUCUGCUGCAUCAGUAAGUGCUAUGGGCAGUCAGGCUGCCAAUAAUGCAGUGGGGUGGUAUUAUCAGGGAUGA